AAAGAUGCAAACAGGAAUAGAAAUAUAAACUUCUUAGAAGCAGAAUAUGAUAAUAAAAAUUAUGAUAAUGAUUAUAAGGAAAAAGUUAAUAAUACCAAAAACCAAAGACAUACUCUAUACUCUACUAAUAGAAAAAAGGCUAAA